AUGGAGACUCAACUGGCUAGCAGAAGAAGCAGAGCAAGUAUGCAUACAGUUCAUUCUUCCCUCUAGUAGCUGGUCAGAAAUAUCUUGGUAAGAUAUAAUUCAGACUGUGGAUUGGAUAUCAUAAUACAUUACUUAAUCAAGCAGUACCUCAAGAAAUUGAUAAGUGAUCAUUUUAGAAGAAAAUGGCUAGCUCUUCCUCAGCAUCUGAGAUAAAUAACAGCAGCACCAGUCCUGAGCCUGGACCACUAAUGAGACUCCUUCUCAAGGCUAAAGAUCAAAGUCCCAGCCAACCAACACCAUUGGAAAAGAAGGAACCUGAGAAGGAUCUCAACUGGUACCUCCCCUUGUAUAAAGCAUCACUACAAGGUGACUGGGAAAGUGCCAGAGAAUUCUUUAAUCGAGAUCCCGAUGCAGUUACUGCUAAAAUUACUCAUUCUUUGGAGACAGUACUGCACAUUGCAGUUGGGACAGUGAUGGCAAUAAAUUUUGUCAAAGAGUUGUUGGAAUUGAUCCAACCUGAGACUUUGCCAAGUUUGCGAGAUCAAGCCGGUCAGACACCCCUGCACUAUGCUGCCAUAUUUGGCAAUGUUGAGGCUGCAAAGCUACUAGUGAACAGAAGUCCUGCCAUGACUAAUGCUCCAAGCAAUACUGGUUUUCUGCCUAUCCACCUUGCUGCUGGUUAUGCCAACAAGGAUGCGGUUUCAUAUUUAUUAACUGUCACAAGAGACGACAUUCAGCCCAAUCCUUUCAGAGAUGAAUCUGGUGCAGAGCUUCUGAAUCUAAUGAUAAUUGCAGAGUUCUAUGACUUAGCCCUCUAUAUGAUUCAACUCUAUCCGGGGUUGGCUACAGCAAAAUCACCUGCAGGUAACUCUGCAUUGAGCAUAAUUGCUAGAAAGGAUUUGUCAGUUUCAGGUGGAAGUUCAGUCAAAAUUUGGGAAACAUUUCUCUACUCACGUAUGCCAGCAUACUUUUGGAAUCUCUACGAGCACCCAAAAAGAAAGUAUCCAGAUAAUCCAGAUAUUGGCUGCCAAUCAUGUGCAAGAAUCUGCUGCUGCAUUCGAAAGCUCAACUUUUGUGGUUUGUCUGUAGUCCCUUAUUAUGGUCAGAAGUUCAUAGAAGGGUGCCAAAAGUUGCAGGCAGCAUUCUGGAAAAUCAUUGUGAAUUUAGUGCCACAUGUCAGAGAUGCACGAGAGACAAAAUUUAUGCAUCUGCAGGCACUUCAACUUGUUAGAUGCCUGUGCACCGAAGUAUCAAAGUUGGAUUAUGCAACAGCUGCAUCAUUUUUUCAACAGCCAAUCAUUGUUGGGGCAAGUUUUGGGAAUAAUGUGAUUGUUGAAGAGAUUUUGCAUUCGUUUCCGCCAGCAAUUUGGUCAAGGAACCAUGAGGGGCACAAUAUAUUCAUGACGGCUGUUGCCAACCGUAGGGAGGGCAUCUUUAACCUCUUGUAUCAGAUGAGUGGGCAUAAACGGUUGGCUCUGCGUCUUGUAGAUAACAAGAUGAACAACAUCUUGCAUUUGGCUGGUAAGUUAGCACCUACUGCUCAACUUAAUCUUGUAUCUGGUGCAGCGCUACAGAUGCAGCGUGAGCUACAGUGGUACAAGGAAGUGGAAAAACAUGUGCUCCCAGAAUCGAAGGCUCACAAAAACUCCAGUGGAAGAACUCCAGCAGUGGAAUUUUCCGUGGAACACAAAGACUUGGUUAAAGAAGGAGAGAAAUGGAUGAAAGAUGCAGCAAACUCUUGUACGGUUUCAGCAACUCUUAUUGCUACAAUAGCUUUUGCAGCAUCCAUUACUGUGCCUGGGGGCAACAAUGGAGACACUGGCAACCCCAUUUUUUCCAAUGAUCUAGCAUUUAAUAUCUUCGCUGCUGCUGAUGCUCUCUCACUGUUCUCUUCCACUGCUUCCCUCCUAAUGUUUCUGUCCAUCCUCACAGCACGAUAUGCAGAAGUUGAUUUUCUCUACUCCCUUCCUAGGAGGUUAAUAAUAGGUCUUGUCACCCUAUUCAUCUCUAUAACAACCAUGAUGAUAGCCUUUAGUGCCACCAUCUACCUUGUUUUUGGUGAUAAAAGGGCAUGGACAAUUGUCCCAAUAGCUGCAAUUGCUUGUCUUCCUGUGACCUUGUUUGCAACUUUGCAAUUUCCCCUCCUGAUGGACAUGAUUCGAUCCACUUACUGCCCUGGAUGUUUUGGUAAGCGAAGUGAAGAUCUUCUCUUUUAAAUCGAUAAGGUGGCAUCCUGUUUAAUACUUUGUUUCUGUACGUCAAGACUGACUACGAGGCACGGAGAUACGUUGAUUAGCUAAUUACCCAUUACCCAAGAAUGUAUAUUUUUCUCAAGGCGAUUGUCAUUUGCUCAAAGUUGUACGUAUAUCUGUUUGACUGAAUUAUGACAUAUCAAGGAAGAGCAUGUGCAUGUUGCUUGCGAUCAUGAAGCCUUCCUUCUGUCAAGGAUCAUCACCGCUUUUGUCCCAAGAUAUUAUGAGCCUUCAUCGAUUUAGAGGGAACAUUGAGUUUCCUUUCCUCUUGUUGGGAGUCUGUAAGAACAUAGGACCAAAAUGAACAGCUUGUAUGCAGCAUACAAUAGAUUGAUUAUCAGCUAUCCGUCAGAUGAUCCGGGCCAAGGCCGUAUGCCAUAUUACUAUUUUAUCUGAGAAGUUCUCAAUGAUGUGAGAAUUUUCAGUUGUCUUCCAGGUCUUCCGAUAUACAGAGCGGAUGAUCAUGGUACAAAAUGAGAUGACAGGAACCAUCAUGUGCCAUGACAAUGGUAACGAUUCAAGGUUUUAUGAUUGUUUUACCUCGAAAGUUGUCAAAUUGUUUUACCCCGAAAGUUGUCAAACUCUGCAAUAUUUAGCACUUGUUUGGCGGAUCUA